AUGGCAGCACUUGCGGCUAUCCGCGUGCCGCAAAUUUCACAUGAAGAGCUCUUCGCAUUCCACGAAUCGCACUUCUCGCAUCUCUCGACGGCCGACUUUGGAGCCAGGUUUACCAGUUUGCCCGAGCCGGCGAGCGAGGAACCGCAGGACGAUGGCAUCGAAGCACAGGAGGUAGCGCUUCGAGCUGGGACAGAGGUGGUUGACGGCGACGAGUACGACCCCGAGACCUCUUUCGUCCUGCACUUUACACACGCGGACUUUGCAGCCAACUACGAAGAUGGCGAGAUUCUCAACGACGGAACCGAAAACGGAAUAGAAAGCGAAAAGGAACAAGGCAAGACGCGCAAGAAACGGCGACGGAAGAAGAACAACACGGGCAAUAGCAACGCGCGGCGCCAUCUUGGCCACGGCGGCAACAGCGACAACGGCGAACCCAAACACCAAAAGCCGGAUCUGCGCAAACGCACUUGGGACGUCGUCGACACCGGCCUUGGCAGUCUUGACUAUGACGGCGCCGAGCGCGGAGGCGAUGCGAUGCAGUCUGCGCCGCAACGGCGUCGUGUGCAGUAUGGCGAUGACUCUUCGGAACUGGCCGCUCAAGCCCAGCCGACCGAGGAGGACGUUCGCCAAGGACUCGACAACGCGCUGCAACAUUGUAUUGCCAGCCCUGGGGCCCAGUUGUCUGCCGAGCUCGAGGCCCACGGCGACGAGACGUUCAGUAUGGCGCGGGUCUACGCCGACGUCAACCAGAACAUGCCACGGGCAUACUGGGACUAUGACAGCGUUAACAUCAGCUGGGGUGUCCUGGAAAACUACGAGGUGGUUCGCAAAAUCGGCCGGGGAAAGUACUCUGAAGUCUUCGAGGGCGUUAACGUCGUCAACUAUCAGAAGUGUGUGAUCAAGGUGCUGAAGCCCGUAAAGAAGAAGAAGAUCAAGCGCGAGAUCAAGAUUCUGCAGAACCUGUCGGGCGGCCCCAAUAUCGUGGCGCUGCUGGACGUGGUGCGCGACUCGCAGAGCAAAACGCCGUCCCUCAUCUUCGAGUACAUCAACAACACCGACUUCCGGUCGCUGUACCCCAAGUUCGCCGACAUUGACGUGCGCUUCUACAUCCUGGAGCUGCUCAAGGCUCUUGACUACUGCCACAGCAAGGGCAUCAUGCAUCGCGAUGUGAAGCCUCAUAACGUUAUGAUUGAUCAUGAGAACCGCAAGCUCCGCCUGAUCGACUGGGGCUUGGCCGAGUUCUACCACCCCGGCACCGAGUACAACGUGCGCGUGGCGUCACGCUACUUCAAGGGCCCCGAGCUGCUGGUUGAUUUCCAGGAGUACGACUACAGCCUAGACAUGUGGAGCCUGGGCGCCAUGUUUGCCUCAAUGAUCUUCCGCAAAGAGCCCUUCUUCCACGGCAACUCCAACUCGGACCAGCUGGUGAAGAUUGCCAAGGUGCUGGGCACCGACGACCUGUUUGAUUAUCUCGACAAGUACGAGAUCGAGCUCGACACCCAGUACGACGACAUUCUGGGCCGCUUCCAGAAGAAGCCGUGGCACAGCUUUGUCAACUCGGACAACCAGCGCUUUGUGACCAGCGAGGCCAUCGACUUUCUUGACAAGCUUCUGCGAUACGACCAUGCGGACCGCCUUACGGCGCAAGAGGCCAUGGCACACCCGUACUUUGACCCUGUGCGGGAACCAGACACGAGAGAGCGUCUGAUGGCCAACCCACCCACCAAUGGCACUCCCGCAUAG